CUGGACUCAAAAUACCACCACCAACCCAUAGUUAACCACCCCCAACAUCUCCCUAUAAUAAACUACCAGUCACGCCUUAUCCCGUGUACACUAUCCAGCAUUCUACCCAAUCCUUCAAGUCACCACCCCCUCUUCAAAGACAAAGCCAAAGACAAAGACCAAGAAUAUGCCCUCCCAAGCCGACGACAAACGCCAGGCCGCCCGCGAAGUAAUCGACAUUCUUCACGAGAUCUCCACCCUUCUUAACACCAACCUCGACCGCACGGAACUCUCUCUGUGCGUCUCGCUGAUCGAGAAUGGAGUCAAUCCGGAUGCUCUUGCGGCUGUGAUUAAGGAUCUGCGGAAAGAGGCGGCGGUGACUUCGCGGGGGUUUGCGAGUGAUCAGCAGGUCUUGCCGGAGUGAUUGCGGAUGGAUGAUGAUGUCUGGUCUUUUUUUGGGGUUUGGGGUGCUUGGGG